AUGUGCCUCUUUGAGCUGACAAGGAGGUCACAUGGCUCACUUCUUUGCUUACUCACGCUUUCAAAGGCGUUGAAUGUACACUGUGAAUUUUUAGCUCCAAAUUCCAAUACUCUCUGGUUCCUGGAGGAAAGCAAGAUGCCAGGAGAAAAAGCCGUUUGCGUUCUGUUGCCCAAUGGUAGCGAUGUUAAAGGAACCAUCCAUUUUGAGGAGGUAAGAGAAUUUCUAAAUGUUGCUGAAAAGCUACACGUUUGGUAGCAAAUAACCAUAUUGAAUGUGUUGCGUUUCAUAAAGUCAUUAUAUCUCUACUUGACCCUCAAAGUGUUCUUGUAGAUAGUGUCUCGCCAGUAAAUUAUGAGGUAAUGAAUUAUGACUUUAAUUUAGUUUCGUCCACUUUCUAAUGUUGGCUUAUGAACAUUCACAGGGCAUUUGGGUGCCUUGUCAUUCUUGGGGUAGGGCAUAGCAAAGUUUGUGCGACCCAGCGGUCACCUCAGGAUAAAGCAUAGAGCAUGCAUGCCAGUGGGACCUGACAGAUCCCUGAGCAACAAUCACACAACACUCAUGGGAGUGAUCAGAUAGUUGUGAAAACAAACAAAAAAACAAACAAACCCAAAGUCUUUCUGUAAUAAAAGGAUCACACAGAUCUACUGAGUUGUUGUGUUGAUCGGUGUGGGUUGUUGUGGGUCUGUUUGGCUAGUUCCUUGUCUUAGUAACUACAGGAGAGGUUAUUUGGCAGUUGGGAUGUAUUUUCCAUGGAGAGGUUCCGGGCCGUUGUAAAGAUGUUAAAACAAGAGUGAAUGUUUAGGGAAUCCCUUUCAGGACAAAGUACUGUAGCCGUUGUGGAGAGGUUAGAGGUUAGAGGUUCGACUGUAUUAACCCUUUAAGCCCUAACAUCAAAAUUCAAAUCCCCAUUCGCUGUCCCUUUAUGUUUCCUGUAAAAGAAGUGGCAAGAAGUUGUUGAAGUAUCAACUCAUUGUAUUGUGUGAUCAUCUCCUUAAUUCUCAUCACCAAUCUGUUUUAUAAAGUAUUGAAAUCACAAGGAGAAUUUUGAUACGGAUCACACUGAAAGGGUUAAGAUACUUUUAUGGGGACAGUGCUGAAAACAUUGCUAAAAAAACAUUUGCAUUCUUCUAGUCUUAUCAUGAUUAUUCAACUCACCAACUUCAUCAAUUAUAGGUGAACUCUGCUGGGGUUGAAUUCCUAAGAACCAUAUGAAGGGAGAGAGAAAGAAAAUUUUGUCAUUUACAUCCUCCAUAAAACAUGAAAUUAGCCAUUUUCAUGAUGAAGUCAUGCAGAGACAGCACAGAAAUGUACAAGAAUAAUGUGCUGCACGUGCAAGGUUUCUGAGUUUUCUUUUUGUUUUCCUGAUGUUCUCAUUGCUGUUGUCAUAGUGAUGUCCUGAACUCCCUAUUUUUAUUAUUCCACUGCUUUUUCUAGUUAAACCUGAACAAUGUUGUUGUGUCGAUUUCUCCAGGUUGUUUAAACAUGAUUUCUACCUCUUGGUCUUUUAGAAUGACCACAUCUUUCACAAAGUGCAGAUAAAAUGCACCUUUAACUUUCCAGUAAUACAAUAUCUUUUUCACUGCAGAAAGAGGGCCAGUGUCGGAUAUAUGGAGAAGUGACUGGCCUUACCCCUGGAAAACAUGGCUUUCAUGUUCAUCAAUUUGGUGAUGGCACAAAUGGUAUGUAUCUCAAGGAAAUCGCCUCUUUUCAAAGAAAACAGAAAAGCAAAAAAGGAGGGAUUUUAACUUUCAUGGUGUGCUGAACCAUUUAACUUCAACAUUCAAUUUAUUGUUGGGACUUAAGGUAGUUCUUUCUCUUGAUUUGGAGGAAAUUCUAUGGUCUCAGCUUUCAAAUCAAACCUCUUCAGCUGUACUCUAACAUGAUACUAUUUCUGUAGUGGAUGAUCUGUGGUUUGACCAUUCAAAUGAAACCUUCUCAUAAUUUCUUUCCCGUGGUAAUAUUAAUUUUUUCUUUAAGUAAAGGUGCAUUUUGAGCCAUAAGACCAAUGCAGGUAGAGCUUAUAAUGGUUUAGUAGCAAGAUGCACCUAGGAGUAUUGGUACUCUCCCCUCUCCAACCUUCCCCCCUCCUCUUGAACCUAGACUAAAAGAUCUGAAGCCAGAUAUUUCAGACUAAAAGAUCUGAAGCCAGAUAUAUGGUCAAGUUGUUCUUUCUUUGGAACAUUAAUAGAACUAAUUAUAUCAUGACAAAAAAAUUAACUGUGUGGUAUAAAAAAUAAUCAUUGUGUAGUUCCAGAAAAUAUCCAGACCCCCACCACGGAGGGAAUUGGAAAUUCCAGGGGGGUGGGGGGGUCAGAGGCCCAGGAAAUUCCCGAAGGAAGGGGGGUUGGACCAUAAAAUCACUUUCUAGGGGGGCAAUAUCAUUUCGUUUUCGACCUGAGUUUGAACAUUGCUUCUUACCGACCUGGUAGAUCAUUUUUAGGACAUAAAUAACUUGAAAUAUAUGACUUAAGAUUGUUCCUUUUGAUCUUAACCAGGUUUCCUUUCUUCCAAAAGCGUUUUGGAUGUAAUUUCAAAGGAAUUAGACCGACUACAACUAGUUUUAUCGCAUGCUCGUAUAUACGGCCGCCAUUACUCGUUACCAGUCUUCCUCAAAACAUCAACGCGUGCAACACAUCACGCAACACAUCACGUUGCGUCAGUCGAUUGAUAGAUCAGAAGAGUGGCAAUUUUGCUUCACAAGGCACAAGCUAUGCAUUGUAACCAUUUUAGAAUGUUGAGUUUUUAUUCUCCUUUUCAUUUUCCCUUAAUUUUGUGGUUGAACGUGUCGCAUCUUCAUGAUCGAAUUCUCGCUAAAAUGGUGUCGAUUUCACCAAACAUUUAUACGGCCAUCGCGCAUCACGUCGCAUCAGUCGAUCGAAAAACAGUAAAUUGAACUUGGUUUCCCUUCAAGUACCUUCAAGAUGCAGGGGGUAUUCAUUGUUAUCAUUUCAGAAUUCAGAGUUUUUAUUCUCCUCUUUGUUUUGCAUUAAUUUUGUGGUCGUAAGUUUGACUUGUUCUGCAUUCCCGCACGAAAUGGCGUUAAUUCUAUCAACAUUACGCCCAUGAGACGAAUAACAAAUCGUAAGCUUGCCCUGAUUAAGGUAAAUUCACAAAUAUAACCGACUUAUUAACUUUCUCUCUUUCAUUUAAAGUAAGAGAUGAGCAACAAUUACAGAUCAGGUUACUUUGUGGUGGUGUAGUGUGUUUUAAUGUUGCAAGAUCACUCAAAUAAAUGGAAACAGAAGCAUACAAGCUUCUGAUGGAAACCGUUGGGUACUAACCAUAAGUUGCCUCAUUCUUCUACUUUAAUAGUCUUUCUUCGUGAAAAUGAACUUUUCCAGAGGGGUUGGGGGGUCUUUGUCACACUUGUGGAAAUUCCGAAGGGGUGGGGGGUCAUCAGUUCCCUGCAAAAAUGGAAAAUCCAGGGAGGUGGGGGGGUCCUAAGUGAAAUUCCCUCCGUGGUGGGGGUCUGGAUAUUUUCUGGAACUACACAUUCUCAUUAUAACUUUUUUGUUUUUCAGGCUGUACAAGUGCUGGCCCUCAUUUUAAUCCUGAGGGCAAAUUGCAUGGAGGUCCAGGAGAUGAAGAACGGUAACAUUCUGUUUGUUUUUGAGCAAUAAAAUUAUUUUGCUUUUUGGCCAUAUUUAAAGUAUCUCCAACACGUAACCUUUUUCAUUAUGCUGUUACGAACUAAAUUUUGUUGUUUGUAGGUAAAGUAGCAGGUCACAUUAAUGUCCUGAACUUUAGUAGUAUGUGUAUGGUAUUAAUUCUGGUUGACUCCCAUCUUACUAUUUUGGUUUGUGCAGUCAUUAUGGAGACCUUGGUAACAUCACUGCAGAUGAGAAAGGUGUUGCAAAAGUUGACAUAACUGACAAACUUGUGUCUAUUGUUGGAAAGGACUCAGUUGUUGGACGCACUAUAGUGGUAAGCUAAACAUCAAACUUUCACAUAAUAACUUAUCCGCAUUGUGGAAGCUAAUUCUUUUCUAAACAUUUACAUACUUUAAUUACUUGCUGGGCAAAAUACAAUCCCAGAAAGUUUUUAGUGGCUUUGCUAAAUGCUGGUUUUCAAUGGGUAAUUUUUGAAGCAAAUGAUAAUUUUAUUACUGCUUUGGGGUUUUUACACCAUUAGUCAUCUAGAGAACACUGUAUUUUUGUGCAAGUGAAAAAUCUUGGCAGUGGCGUUAUUCCUACAAGUAUUUUCUUUAAGAUAAACAUUAUCUGCAUGCAUGUUUAUAGCACAAGCUUAAACAACGAAAAACUUGUGGUUUGAACAGUAAUUGUUGACAUUGACAUUAAUUCAACCAGUCAAAUUUUUAUUUUCCUCUGCCUAUUAAUUUGGUUUAAAAAAAUGAAUUGGAAUAUAAAUGGAGGAAUAUAUAUAAGCAUGGCCAAGUGGUUAGGGUGCUAGACUUACAAUCCUGAGGCCCUGAUUUCAAGUUCCCUGUGACUGCUUGUGGGAUUUGUUUGAUCUAGCCUUGUCUCUGGUUCAACUGCCAUUAAGCCACAUUUUCUAAAUAGUCCACUAGCCUAGCUUUGUCCUGUACUUAAAUUAGUACUUGCUAGCCUUUGUGCUGUGCUUACUACCAAGUACUGAUCAGAAAUCCUUAUCACUAUUAAGCUAUUUUCUUCAUUGGUAGCUUCUACUGCUAUUUUCCUUUUAUGUUGCUUGUGCCCAUCAUACCUAGGAAACUCCUUUGCUCAUGCAGACUUUUAGUUCAUUCGCACAAAUUAUAGAACUGCCAGUAAAAAACUCCACUAUAGUCAAGAUAUGCAUGUUAAUUUGUCCAUUAAUUUUAACCCUGUCAUCAGGUUCAUGCAAAGGAAGAUGAUUUAGGGAAAGGUGGUGAUGUAGAAAGCACAAAGACAGGGAAUGCAGGUGCACGAUUUGCCUGUGGUGUGAUUGGUAUCACCAAGUAAUUAGCGCUACUGACUGUGGACUGACUCAGGACCUUGUAGUUCAUGUCGAGGGCUCAAAGCCUUCAGGCUCAAAGUCUGUAGUAAAAAAGCUAAGAAAUACCAAUAAAGUUGAUUUUUUCAUUUCAGUUGUUUUGGUGCUGAGAAAAUGGUUCAGUUUACUUUGCCCCUGAAUGUGAAUUUGAUUCUUAGAUGGUAUCUUUUAUUUUUUUUAUUUUUUUACAAAUUUAAGUUAUAAACACCAUGGAACCCUAUUGUGAACUGUCAGAGUGCCCUACAUCUGGGAAAUUCUUUUUGAAAAUUGACAUUUUUUGUCAAAGGCUUUUUCUUUACUACACCUUCACUUUGUUGGCCCUAGCAGAACUUUGUUGAAAAAGCCUGUUGCUGUAUUGCCAAAGGGUUAUGUGGUUCAUCUACAUAUUGAGAGAAGUCCAUUUAAUGUGAAGGUUUGAGCCUAGGAGUCAAUUUCAUUUCUGGGUGAGCGUAGUCCUGAACAAGACUUUUUUUGACAGUGUCUGUUGGGUUAUGUUAGUCACGUUUGAUGUCCUGCAAAGCUACUUUCUCCUUUGCCAUAGUAAGAGUUAUAUUACCAGGACCAGAAAAAUAGGGGGGGGGGGGAUAAAUUUUAGGGUUUUGCACCCCAACUCCCUGUUUUUGAAACAGGUAGUUUUGCUGAGAUUCUUUGUUUGGUUAUUAAGGGUCUAAAGCAAAAUUUAAUAAAAAAUUGGAAAAAAGAAAAGAGCAGAUAUUAUUAAAGCGGGGUCUUCACUCGUAUAGCAAAAAAGGUAUAGCACAGGUGCCCGUAAAUGAAGUAAUAACCUUCAGCACCCAAAAGCACCGGUAUCGAGGCGACCAGUUUGUUUGCCGGAAUAUAUUUCCUGAAAGGGCGAACAAAAACCUAUUGUGCUUUAUUUUCACCCCUUAGUUUAUCAUAUGGCACGGGCAGUGUGUUUCUUAGCGGGAUCUGUCCAAGGAUCGUUAACAUUUUCACAAGAGGUAUGGUAAGCUUCAAGUGUUCGUACGUCUUAAUUGAUACCAUAUUUAUAUUCAUAAAAUAAUAAAGCGCCCAGAAGCCAUUUAGCUUAAGCUCCUCCGAGCUUGUUAAUGGCUUCCGCAGCUUUUUUGAAGUCGGUGUUAGCGGCCUUUCCUUGUGCGCUCAAAAGGCAAUGAAAAUAGUGUUUUGUGUAAAUUUGGCGCCUUUGAAAUUGAAGCGAAAAUGGCGCGCGCGGACAGUUCAGAUAAAAUUACAUGCUAAUAAGCUUAUUCUGGUCCAUUUCAGGUUUGUUUACGUUAAUCGCCAGACAAUUGUAAUGAAAAACUAGAAAUCAAGAAAAAUAAGGGGCGUUUCGAGUUUGUCUGUAUAAUAGAAGGGGCGUAGUGUGAAGAGUUGAAGGUGUACCUACUAAAAGAAAGGCUAGUCCUCCGAAGGUACCUUAAACAAGUGGGGUGUGGGGCAUGCUCCCGUAGAAAAAUUUUCAAAUUUAAGGGCUCAGAAAUGGCAUUUCCUGCGUUUUCCGCCGGACAUAAUUUUUAGAAAAUAAAUAAUGAAGAAAAAGGCAAUAUUUAGUUGUGUAUUUUACAUCUCUAGUUUUAUCGGUAAGGUAAAACAGCUAGUGAUGCCCUCAAGAAGGUUACAAGCAAAGGGCGAGAUGUCUGCCCUUCAGAUGGGCAAAUAAACCAAAAUAAUGAGAUUGGUUUAUCAAUCAUCUUGCUUUAAUGAUAAAAGUGCUCUCAGGAAAUGUGAAAUAAACCUUAUUCUCACUUAAUUUUACGAACAAUCGUGAGCCAUAUUUUGUGAGUAUUUAAUUUCGCGAUUUUUAGGGUUUAUUUUAAGAGAAUUUUAAGGGGUUUUUUAGAUUUCGCAAGUUUGAAACAAAAAAGCCCUCCCCCAGGGGGGAGGCUUAAUCAGUAGAGGAUUUACAGUAAUUAGUAAUUAUUGUGAUAUUCUGUUUGAUUCACACAAACUUGAAUGAAUUGGCUACCUCAAAAUGUAGUCCUCAAUGUUUGGUUGGAAUUUCUUGGAAAAAAAAAAAGACCUAAUAAUAUAAUCUUCACCACAAGAUAAUGUUUCAGGAUUUUUGACUUCUUGGUGUGGGUGGGGUAAGUUUUUAUGGAUUGUGAGCUAGUGCAAAACCUAAACAAAAUUUGUAGGUUUUAUAACUGCAGUCUGAUGUUGACAAUUUUUCUGAAGUACAGAGGGUGAAGCUGGAAAUUUUUCAAAGGGUUAGGUGGGAAAUUAAAAUCAGAGGGGAUGCAUGAAAUGAACUGUUAUCUUUUUCUGAUAUGUUCAUGACUUUCUUUCAGUACCCAGGUGGAGCUUGUGAAAUCAAAGGAACAUUACAUGGACUGACAGAAGGAAAACAUGGCAUUCAUAUUCUUGAGUUUGGAGAUAUUUCACAAGGUUCAAUAAUACAUGACUCUUCGUCCUUAACAGUUAAUUAGCUAGCAACCCCCUCUGUGAAUUUAGGGAUUAACAAAAGCUGGAUUGGACCUGAUCGAAAUAACCCCUGUAACUCACUAAAUGACAAAAGGUUAUAAAAAGGGUCUCGGCAGGGGUUGAUUGGAUCCGGUCCAAUUCAGGCUUUGUGAACAGCCAUAAAGUUGACACCCACUAUGAGAUUUUGUAAAUUUGGUUACAGUAAAUAUUAAUUUUGGAAAAAAAAAAAAACAUUCUACAUCAUUCAUCUAGGAGUGGGGUAUACUCCCUUAUAUAAGUUGCCAUUGACGGUUUGCAACUGCUUGACAAGGCAGCCAAUUUUUUCUCAGAAAUGAUUUGCAUGAGAAUCUUAUUUUAUGCCCAGUGAACUGAAAUGCUUUUCUUCUUGUCAACUAACGUGACUUCUGUGAUGUCAAUUGCAAAUCAGUAAAAUUAUAUAGGCUCAUGUAUGUGUGACCCCAAAAGGUAUGGUUGUCCUCUUUUUGUUCUGAAACUGGGUGAUACAUUGUUUCAGCCAUAAGCCUAAAAUGGGUAAGGUUGCAUGCUUGCUGGAACCACACAGCUGCAAACAUUUUGGUCAGUAGACUAUGUCUGUCUAAAAUUGGCUCAUGUCUGACAAAAUUUGCUAAACUGGCUAAAUCUUUUAGAUCAUGUGUCUUAAAGGGGGUGUAGACUGACAUAUUGGCCAAUAUCUUGGUCAACUGUCAGUCAGCAUAUUGGACGCUAUAUCGGUUGAGUGUCAGCCCUGGACUUGACCUGUAGUCAGUAGAGCCCUACAGUCUGUUGGUCAACAGUCAGUUGAUAGUCAGUCAAUACUUCACCAAGGUUCACCUCAUCCAACUGUUGUUGGACAAGUCAGCUGAUAUAUCGAUUGACUAUUGACUGACUCUCAACCUAAGUGAUUACAGGGGCCCAGUGCUAUACUCCUAGGAAAUCCGGAUCAUAUGUCUUACAGGGGGUGUCGAUUGAUGUAUCAGCUGAUAUCUUUUCAGUCAACAUAUCAGUUGCUAUAUUGGUCAAGUGUCAGUCGAGACUUGGCCGAGUAGUGUUAUACUUUUGGUUGAGUAUCGGUUGACAAUAGGUUGACAGAUCGACCGUCACGUAGUUGUGAUAGCAUUGGUAGUGUGUUGGCAAUGUAUCAGUGAACUGUUGGUUGAGUAUUGGUGAGGUAUCGCUGGUCUAUCAGUUGACAAUCAGGAUUGCCUGUACAACUUUUUUCCAGCUGCUGUCAUAGUCAUUGAUUUUAUUUACAUCCCACACAUUGUGAAAAGUUUUCAUUGGCAUCUUUUACUCCAUAGGAGGUAUUAGUGCUGGUGCGCACUUUAAUCCACUGAGUAAAAGCCAUGGAGCCCCUGAAGAUGAAGACAGGUAUGAUCAAAGUCUCAUGUAAAGGUCAUUUGCAAUUUCCUUUUCUGAUAGUCAAUUAGUUUGUGACCAUACAGUGUUCUAAGUGAAAAGACUACAGCUCAUGAGAUUUAUGUAUCUUUUAAAUACAUGUGUUAUGAUACCAUAAUUUAUGUUAUUUUUGGCUUGCAUGUGACUUCAUUUAUUUUGGCUGGUGUAUGACCUCUGGCUGCACAGCAUCAUCCUAACAGUCCCUUUGGCUGAUCAUCUUUUCUUUCAGAGUGUUGAAUUGGCAAGAAUGCAAGUUCUUUGGCAAUUAUAUUUUUCUUGUCGUUGUAGACAUGCUGGUGACCUGGGCAACAUCGAAGCAGAUAGUGAAGGCCAGGCAGAAGUAACCAUCACUGAUUAUGUGGUGUCAUUAAUGGGAGAAUAUUCAGUGAUUGGGCGCACUUUGGAGGUUUGUAAACAUAUCACUGAUUCCUUGCCAAGUGAGAGCUCGAGGCCAGAGCAAAAGUUAGGUUAUUUUGGCGGAAUUUGCUUGACACGUGGAAUUCACAUGGUUUGCUUAGCAAGCUAGAAACUUGAGUUAGCUAUAUGUGUAUAUAUUUAUACAUGUUUAUAGAGUGAUUGUAAUAGCUAACUUGAAUUUCUAGCUUGCUAUUAGCAAUCCAUUUGCAUUAAUAUUACACGUAUUCCAUGUAUAUCAGAGAAAAAAUUACUAGUACAUCAGAUAGGCCUCCACAGUCAGUGACGAAUCCAUGAGUAAAAAAAAACUGUGACAAACUUGGCCCAGUUUAUUUUUUUCAAAUAUCUUUGCAGCAUAAUAAUAUUAUACAUAAACCUUUUAAGUUUGUCAUAGAGCAGCUCCUCAAAAAAAACACAUAACAAGCUAGCCCACAAUUACAAUUAUUGUAAGCUUAUCACCCACAUUUUCAGUCAUUAUUGAAACACUUGCGAACUUCUUCUCCUCUUCUCCUUCAAUGUUGAUUUGGAUUGCCCAAGCAAAUGCAAAAAACUUCCAUUGGGGGGUAGAGAGGGAAGUAAUUUGUGUAUUCAUAGAAUGACUUAGUUUAUAGGUUUAUCUCACACAAAAACUGAAUCUUAUUAAUCCUGCAGUUUCUACCCACUGAAGUCAGAGCGGACUUUCAAAACUGUAACUUAAGUUUGAGUCCAAGGACACAUUAUUUUAGAAAUGAAGAGUCAGCCUUUGGUUUUCUCUACAGGUUUGUGAAGGAGUAGAUGAUCUUGGAAGAGGAGGGCAUGAGCUGAGUCUAACAACAGGAAAUUCAGGGGCUUGUUUAGCAUGUGGUGUCAUUGGCAUUGGCAAAUGUGGAGGAAAUAUAAACUCCCUACAAAACAGUUCUACUGCAAUUCAUGAUUCCUCUCAAAAUAGUUUAAGUGAUGCUUUUUGA